GUUCAGACCCUCUCUCUGUCUCACGCGCGCGCGCAAACACUUGACUGAUACACACAUGGCUCCCCCAAGAAUUCUGCUCUGCGGCGACGUUCUUGGCCGCCUCAAUCAGCUCUUCAAGCGCGUAUCAUCGGUCAACAAAUCGGCGGGCCCAUUCGACGCGCUACUCUGCGUGGGCCAGUUCUUCCCGGACUCGCCAGACGGGCUCGACGAGCUUGCGGACUAUACCGAAGGCCGGUCCAAAGUCCCUCUUCCCACGUACUUCGUCGGCGACUACGGCGUUGGUGCGUUUAAGGUCCUAUCGGCGGCUACCAGGGACUCGGCUAACAAAGGGUUCAAGAUGGACGGCCUCAGGGUCUGUGAGAAUCUUUUCUGGUUGAAAGGCAGUGGCAAGUUCACGCUCCAUGGGUUAUCUGUGGCGUAUUUAUCUGGUAGGCAUUCAUCGGAUGGUCAACAGUUUGGAAUGUACACGCAAGAUGAUGUGGACGCAUUGCGAGCUAUAGCUGAGGAACCUGGAAUAGUUGAUUUGUUCCUAACUAAUGAAUGGCCGAGUGGGGUGACAAAUGGAGCAGCUACAUCUGAUCUUCCCCUCGGAUUCUCUGAUUCAUUUGGCAGCGAUUCUGCCGUAUCGGAAUUAGUAGCAGAGAUAAAACCACGGUAUCACAUUGCAGGUACUAAAGGCAUAUUCUAUGCUCGUGAACCUUACUCUAACAUUGAUGCUGUGCAUAUAACCCGCUUCUUGGGUCUUGCUUCUGUUGGGAAUAAAGAUAAACAGAAAUUUAUUCAUGCGAUUUCUCCUACUCCAGCAUCUGUCAUGUCAGCUGUUGAGCUUAGCAUGAAAUCCUCAAACACUACCCUGUCUCCAUAUACAUAUUCAGAGCAAACAGUUCAUGCGAAGGAAGCCACAAAGAGGCAUAGUGAUAGUGUUGAUGACUCACAAUAUUGGAGAUAUGAUGUCUCCCAAAAACGGCAGAGAUAUGGAGCAGGAGAUGGUGAUAAGCUGUGUUUUAAAUUUGUAUCUUCUGGGUCUUGUCCGCGAGGGGAAAAAUGCAACUUUCAACAUGACAGCAAUGCAAGAGAACAGUCUCUGAGAGGUGUUUGUUUUGAUUUUAUUAACAAGGGAAAAUGUGAAAGGGGUCCAGAUUGCAACUUUAAGCACAGCCUGCAGGAUGAAGGUGAGAGUUAUUCUCACAAGAAACAAGGAUCUGAGAAUGCUAGCACUAACAGUUACAGGUCAAAAAAAGAGUGCUGGUUUUGUCUUUCAAGCCCCAACGUAGAGUCACAUUUAAUCACCAGCAUAGGAGAGCAUUACUACUGUGCACUGGCUAAAGGCCCGCUUGUUGAAGACCAUGUCCUAAUAAUACCGAUUGAGCAUUUGCCUAAUACCCUUUUAUUACCGCUGGAACAUGAAACUGAGCUUCGUAGAUUCCAGAAUAGUCUCAAGAGGUAUUAUAAGAAUCAAGGGAAAUCAGUUGUUUUCUUUGAGUGGUUUUCAAAACGUAUUACUCAUGCUAAUCAUCAGGCUGUUCCUAUUCCCUCAUCCAGAGCGGUUGUUGUUCAAGAUAUAUUUAACUUAGCUGCUGAAAAGCUGGGAUUUAAAUUUGUGGCCUUGAAAACGAAUGAGAAUGCUGAUGGAAGAAAAUUGUUGAAGACACAGUUCGAUAAGGAUUUUAGCUUCUUCUAUGUUGAGCUCCCUAAUGGUACAAUAUUAUCACAUUUGGUUGAGGAAAAUGAGAGAUUUCCUGCUCAAUUUGGGCGCGAGGUUCUGUCAGGCUUGCUGAACAUGGCAGAUAGGGCUGAUUGGAGGAAUUGUGCAGAUAGCAAAGAAGAGGAAACAAAGAUGGUAGAAGAUUUCAAGAGUCGAUUUCAAGAAUUUGAUCCAAAUAACUGAUUUUUCAGUAACAGAAGCGAGGACUGAUGUGUCAUCUAUUGUAAUUCUAAUAUAUCUCUAGAGAUUCUUUAUUAGUUGGUGAGGGAUGCUACCCAUCUUAAAAAGGUGGAAGAACACUCGCUUAGAUACACACUGCACCUGCCAGUCUCCACUGCUCCCUACAAAGAUUGCCAGCCAACUGUUUUAUCAUCUCUUGUAACCAGUGGAAUUAAGAGGUAUCCUCCUCAACGGACAAGGUGCUUGAAACUGAUUUUCCUUCAGAGUGUUAUAUGUUUGAAGCCAAGCCAAAGAAGAGAUAAGACAAGUUUAGACAUCAAUCUGUACAAUGCCUUCAUGCGUCCAAACAAGUUCCUAGGUUGCUUCUUGAGUAUGAUUUACCGUUGUUGCUGUGUUUUUUUCUUCCUAAGCUGUGCAUUGUUGCAGUUGAGCCCCCUUUCCCCCCCUGUUGUUCUAUCAUGUUCCUUUGAAGCUUUUGCCCUUACAUGUAGUCGAAUUUAUUGUACAAGGAUUCCCUGCAAUUUGGCGGUGCAGGUGGGUUCCAUAGCUCCCUCUCUCUCAAUUCCGGCAACCAAUUGUGAUCCAAAUUCAUUAGGGAGGGGGGGUUACAUAAAAGUUGUUAUUUGUGGUUUAA